AAAAGGUGCGAUCUGAUACGAGAGAAAUAGUCUGAGGCUUUUAGACACUUCAGGCUUUCCGUACUUCUCCUUUGAGUUCCAGCAAAACAUACACACUCGAGUCAGGAGCGCGUGAAGUGAAAACACGCAAGGACCAAGUGAUGUGGCCUGAAAAAGUGGGACAACAGCUGCGUCGGCCAACCCGAUCGGUGGCAGGGUGGCUGGUCAGUAAGUUCUUUAAAGUGAAAAACCAAUUCCUUGAGGAGAACGCCGUGCAGCUGUGUGGGAUCCAACCUGCGGACACCGUGCUGGAAGUGGGCCAUGGCCCAGGUCUGGGUCUGCAGUCUGCAGCUGAACUGCUCACAGAGCCAACGGGACGUCUUAUUGGGGUGGAUUACUCCGAGUACAUGCACAAGAUGGCAAGUGAGCGAGUGAAGGAACUGGUGGCGAGUGGGAAAGUGACACUGCACCACUGCAGUGUAGAAGCAAUGCCUCUCGCAGACAGCACAGUGGAUAAAGUAUUUCACUGUAACUGCUAUUACUUUUGGCCUGACCUCCGGAAGGGAGCCACUGAGAUACACCGGGUAAUGAAAGCAGGGGGCCUGAUGGUGACCACGCUGAAGCUGUCCGCUGUGUCUAAGGUGGUAAGAAAGCAGAUGAUUCCCGAUGAGAACUGGCACCCGGACACUUACAUGGCGGCUCUGAGAGACUCUGGCUUCACUGAUGUCAGGAUGGAAGACAAACCGUACAAAAACAUCACUUUUCAGGCCAUCUUCGCGACGGCCAAGAAGUGAGAUGUCUAGAGAUAGAGAUUACGCUCCUUUGCAUUUUUCUUUUCCUAAACUGAGUUAUCAUAAUAAACAGAUACAUAAUCAGAACUGUAUCUACUUUGUUAAUUACACUCAGAAAUACACUAUAUAUUAUUUUGUAUGAAAACUGCAGAAUGUGGUUGUAACAUCUACAACUAUAAACAUACUAGCGGAUAUCAACAUAAAUUCCAAUGUAGCAAAUGUAUGCAAAGUCAAUAAUCCAACUGAUGUUAAAUGUCUGUAUAUGUGUGAACCAAACACUGUAAUAAUUAUUCAUGUAUUGUUUUGUAAGAAAAAAAAUACACAACAUUUAACAAUAAAUGACUAUUUCUGGAUGGUUAAAA